UUUGUAAAUCGAAGAUUCAAGCUAGCGAAACAGCACUACGGUCAGCUGACUAAUUCACAUGACUGCCUCUAAUUCUAGUUUCGGUCCUGUUUACCGGUGAAAACACUCCAUGAAAGCAGUUUAACGCGAUGCUGAAGUUAGUUUAAAGUAAGUAAGGAUACCGGGACUACCAUAAGAAGCUAACUAAUGUUAAUAAUAACUCUCUGAGCCCGCACACAGAGGAGCAGCUAGCUAAACAGCUACAGCGGUGUUGAUGUGCUGUUCACGCCUGUAGAUUCUUUUUUUUGUCUGUACUUCCUCAAGGAAUUUGCAAAUAUCCUGCAAAAUGGGUCCUGAGGGGAAGAGGCUGUUAAACAUCGUCAUCUUAGGCUUCGGCUUUAUGUUUAUGUUCACUGCUUUUCAAACAUGCGGCAAUAUAGAGCAAACUGUCAUCAAGAGCUUCAACAACACUGACUUCCAUGGGAGUGGAUACACCAGCAUGGCGAUAAUCUACGGAGUUUUCUCUGCAUCCAACCUGAUUGCCCCCUCGGUGGUGACCGUCGUCGGGCCGCAGCUCUCCAUGUUCUUCAGCGGGCUUUUGUACAGCGGCUACAUCGCUAUGUUCAUUUACCCGUACACAUGGAGCUUCUACACAGCGUCCGUGUUGGUUGGGAUAGGAGCAGCAGUCUUGUGGACGGCUCAGGGAAAUGUGCUUGCCAUCAACUCCACUGAUGACACCAUCGGAAGAAAUAGUGGCAUCUUCUGGGCGCUGCUGCAGUUCAGCUUAUUCUUUGGAAAUCUUUACAUAUACUGUGCCUGGCAUGGACACGAUCACAUAACAGACAAAGACCGUCAGACGGUGUUCAUCUCUCUCACGGUCAUCAGUCUGGUCGGCUGCUUCCUCUUCUUCCUCAUCCGGAAGCCCGGCCCUGAGGCGGCUCCUGAAGACGUGACAGAGUCGCUGCUGCAGGCCGAGUCUACUGAGAGUACAGCCAGCUCAUCGCACCAGAGCAUCGGCUCACAAGCUCUGGAUGCUUUUGUUAAAGCGUGCAAAAUGUUUGUCACCGAAGAGAUGCUGCUGCUGAGCUUCUGCAUCGGAUACACAGGCCUGGAGCUCACUUUCUACAGCGGGGUUUACGGGACGUGUAUCGGAGCCAUGACAAGCUUCGGCCACGAUGCGAAGAGUUUGAUCGGCAUCUCUGGGAUCUGCAUCGGAGUCGGAGAGAUUCUGGGCGGCGGUGUGUUUGGAAUGAUGAACAAGUGCAGCCGCUUUGGGAGGAACCCUGUGGUGCUGCUGGGCCUCGUCACGCACUACAUCGCCUUUUACCUGAUUUUCCUGAACAUCUCCAGCGACGCUCCGCUGGCCCCCGAGGAGGGGACCGACCUGCAGGCCUACAUCACCCCCAGUGUUGGCGUGGCGUUGCUCUGCAGCUUCCUGCUGGGUUUGGGCGACAGCUGCUUCAACACGCAGCUCCUCAGCAUCAUCGGCUACACCUUCCGCGACAACAGCGCUCCCGCCUUCGCCGUCUUCAAGUUCAUACAGUCCAUCAUGGCCGCCCUGGCCUUCUUCUACAGUAACUACCUGCUGCUGCACUGGCAGCUGCUCAUCCUGGUGGUGUUCGGCUUCCUGGGCACCAUCACCUUCUUCCUGGCCGAGUGGAGGGCCGAGUCUCGCCGGAGAGAAACUGACUAUGACAGCAUCGGAUGAGGAAGAGGAGGAUGAUGAUGAACGUAAACCAGCCUCAACAAACUGACUCUGGGGAAUGUUUGUUUUUCACACCCAGCAGCGGCUGCAGGAACCAAAUCUAGACAUGUAUCUGUAAGUAAAAGACAAAUCUUAAAGAGGAACUUAGUGCACACAAAGCAUACCUCAUUUCUGAUAUUUUCAUAGUUUGUGCACACACAUUUAAAAAGAAUCCAUCUAAUUCUAAAAACGUCCCCAACUAAAUGAUCAUGAUUACAUCAGUAACUCGCCUCGUGUAGCCUGGAAUUCUUCAAGAUGACAUUAUUUUCACUAUUGAUUAAUGGCUGGUUUGUAAGAUGACAGAACAUGAAAAGAUUUCCAUCCAAGGUGAUGUCUUUAAAUGCCUUGUUUUGCCAAAGUGAUUUACUUUAAUAUCAUCUAAAACAGAGAAAAGCAGCAUACCUCGUUAUUUGAGGUUGAAAAAUGCAUUUUGUUGGAUUUUAAAGGAAAAACGUACCCACAAAAUGUCGACUUGUAUAGUAAUUAUUCCCCUUGUUUUUAUUUUUUCACUCAUGUCUUUAUGGUAAUCAAAGAUUCUAAAUAUCUUGAUGAAUUUAAGUAAAUGUUUGUAUACUUUAUCAUAACCUCCCUUAACAAAUUCUCGCACAACCUUUGUAUUAUACGUCCCACUUAUCCUGUUCGAUUCUCACUACUUCACAAACACAAGACUUUGAACUAAAACUGCACUAUUUAAAACACUCUGUAUUAUACUGCAUAUGUUGUGCGAGGGUCGGAUGUUUUGAUAUAGUUCUGUUUAAACUUGAUCAAAACAUUAAACAACUGCUGGUAAAUGCAGCCACCACUCAUUGGAGAAAAACACAUUUUGCGUCAAUAAGUUAGGUGACACGGGGGAAAUAAUAGAUAUACAAAUGAUCGAUUAUUUGGGUUAAAUAUUCCUUUUAACUGACUUUACUGAGGCAUGAUGAAUAGAGAUGUUUUAAUGAAAUAAAAAGCACUUUUGAUUGGAGGGGCUGCCAACAAUGAUGUAUCCCAAUAGUGCCUGUGGGAAGACAUGCUGAGGAAUGAACACUGACCUUACUGUUUUAAUUGGUUGUUUGUUGCUUCUUCAGCUGGUUUAAUGGAUAAGGUUGGAGAUAUUUUGUAUUUUUUUUAUUGUUAGCAAAUCCCAUGAAAAGACCAAAACCAAAUAUGAUUGCAUCCUCUUACUAGUAUUUGUAUUUUGCUCAAUUUUUGUUUAUAACUAUUUAAAAACACAUCAAUGAGCCACAUUGACAUGUUCCUUCUUCACCAUGACCUUGAUUUCAGAUACACCACACGGCUACCACAAAUACUCAUGAGAGCCCUAAAUGUUGAUUAAUCCGCCAUUAAAAAUAGUCCUUUUGAUUUUGUUUGAUACCAAACGUAGGCUGCAUUUUAUGACUAUUUUCAUUAUCGAUAAAUCUGCCGAGUAAUUUCUCCAUAAUUUGGUUGAGAAAAUGUCAAAAAAAAUUGUGGAAAAUAUCUUUUCAAUUUUCUCAAAUUUAAGUUUGUCUUUAAAUAUUUUUUUUGUCAAAGAAAUUAACUUUAACAUGAUAUAAAAAAACUGACAAAAGCAGCAAAUCUCAAAUUCAGUGAGUUUUUUUAAUGAAAUCAUACCUUUUUUUUUUUACGGUUGACCAAAUGAUUGCACUUCUAAUAAAGCAAACAGUGAAGGGAUAAACACUUUUUUUUUGUUUUUAAAAUGUAAGUCUUCAGUGGGAACCAAUGAGCUUUGAGCUGAAAUCCACAGACAGGAAGUGAAAUACAAUUGUUUUGAAUUUGGUCUUUUCAUGGGAUUUAUUGACAAUAUAAGAAAUACAUUAAUGCCACUUUAGCCUUUAGAAGUCUUUCCUCUCUCUUGCACAUCAAGUGCACAAUCCCAACCUUGAUCCCAGAAAAUACUGACAGCUCCUGGGCUCCAUACGUCUGUUAUGAUGUUCUCCUCUCCUUGUGUGUAAGGGACUCUGUCAAAGACAGUGAACAUGAAGCUUUGUGUUGUGAACUCUGCUGAACUCCCAGUGUGUCCUACAUGCUCAGCUGCAGUCACAAGGUUAUCACAAACUUACAAUGAGCUUUUUACGAUCCGCGGUCAUCUGACGUUACUGACGGCUAAAUGGGAGCUAAGCAGGUAAAAGGGAAAUAUUAUCAAGAAACUGAACUUAUCAUUUUUUAUAUUUGUAUGUGGGACACUUUCCGCCUUGCCAGCAACAGCGUAUUGAGCCAUUGUAGCUACAAAUAAAAUACAAAGUAAUUAUGAAGCCUGGGGAGGGGGUAAUGGUUAGAGAAAUAAAAAAGAUUCAAUUUGAAAAUAAUAAUGAAAAAAAUAAUAAUUACAGAAAAUAAUUUGAUAUCAUAGUGUUUUAUUCAAAAGAAUUUUUUUUUGAUAUUCUCUGAGAUUAAAGUCGUGAAUUUACCAAAAAUGAUAUAAUCAGAUUUUAUUUUUCUUGCUAAUGUACAAUUGUAUUCUUUAAAAUUCUGAAUAUUUUCAGAUUAUGACCACCCACCCUGGCUUUUUUUGUAUUUACUUUGAUUUACAAUGAAACAAUAUGCCGUUGUUAAUUAUUCUGUGAUGCUGUCUUUUCUUUUUGCCUUGUUCCUUCAUGACUCUGCAGUCCGGGACCCUUUUAUCAUAUGAAUGAGUGACUGUAUUUAGUUCAAAUGAAGUGAACAGUGGCUGUUUGUUUUGUGUCUCCUAAUAUGGAGAAUGUUAAAGGGGAAAAAGAGACAACAAGAUGGUAAAACCAGCAGCUCAGUUUUGGGUAUUAUACUAUAGUAUUGUAGGUAAAGAAAAAUGAAUUACAUAUUAAUAUUCAUAAAGAAAACUCAGAAUGUAUGAAAUUAAAGUUGUAUGUUUAUUAGAAACAUUCUUAGAUAUUCUCUGAGAUUAAAGUGGGACAUUUACAAAAAAAGUCAUUGAUUUUCAAGAAACUCAUUUGAGAUUAAAGUCUGAAAUGUACAGUAAUUUGUGACUUUCCCCUCAGAAAGUUCUAAAAAUUUGAUUUUGUUCCCCAGAAUAUUGCCCUCUUCCCAGCUGCUAUUUUCUUUUAUUACUUUUACCAAACAUUUAGUGUAAAAGCUGUCAAAGACAAUUAGCAUGAGUAACCACCAACCACUACAUCUUGAUUUGUAAGAUCAGUUAAUAUUCUGACCUCAAAGCCACUAAACUGUUGAUCUUAACUUUAAUCUGAUUUCUUUACGAUGGCCUUUAAUGCCUCAUAUAGCGGCUGGCGUGGCUGCAGAUUCUGUGUUGUUUAUUAUUAUUUUUUAAUCACAGCUGUUGUAAACUGAUCUGAUGCCAAAACGGCACAGUGCUAAAUAAAUGUGGCGGGCCUCAAGACAUUCUUGUCUUUUCCAGACAGCUUUAUGUAAUGUUGAAAUGGGAAAGGGCAACAAGGAACUCUUAGAUGCUGUAUGUUAUUUUUCUUUUGUUUAAAGUGUCAAAGUAUGAAAUACAGCACAUUUAUCCAGUUCAUUUAUUGCCAAAUGAAACACAUUCAGUUAAGUUUCAUGUUGCAAAUGCAAUCAAUCUCAAUGAGGUCAAGGGAAAUGCAUGUGUACUAUGAUGGUGAUUUUAUACUUGAAUGUAGUAAUUAAGAACUUUCGCUUGCUUGUUUUUAUUAUCAAUAAAAUAUUAUUUUGAAAUUUAA